UGUUGCUGGUGCUCCCGGCGCAGAAUGGAGGGGACGGCCGUGGCCGUCUUCGAGAUUUUGAGAUAUUUAAUAAUCCAUUGGAAAUGUGAAAUAGGAAUAUCAAAGGGAGCAUUGCUAGAAGGCCAGCUAGUGAUUUCCAUAGAAGCAUUACAUUCUAAGCACGAAGCAAAUGCUCUUCAUUGUGUAACAACUAUUGCUUCUGUAGGAAGCUUUUAUGGUGGCUUCAUCCUCAAGAAGUUCCUAAAAGAAAUACAGUCUAUACUGCCUGGAUUCUCUGCAAAGCUGAGUUGGACUUCGGAGGACGGCAGCUAUUCCCAAGACAUGUCGGUGGUAACACCUUUCCAGAUGAUUUUUGAGAUUGAUGAAAAUCCCAGAAAUUUAAUGACAGAUUGUCUGGUUAUAAAGCAUUUUUUACGCAAAAUCACCAUGGUGCACCCUAAGAUCAGAUUUAAUUUCAGUCUAAAGGUAAAUGGAAUCCUCUCCAAAGAGAUUUUUGGGCUAGAGAAUGAACCCACUUUGAACCUGUCGAAUGGAAUUGCUCUUGUUGUAAACUCUCAGCAUUAUGUGAGUAGACCAAAAUUUGAUACAACUGAAUCAUGCUGCAGCAGAAUCCACCCUGUGCUAGGACAUCCAAUAACACUUUCCAUCCCUGAUGACGUGGUUGGCAUGGACUUGUUGGGAGAACUGACACUGACUCCAGCUGCUGCUCUGUGCCCCACCCCAAAGGUCUUUUCCAGCCAGUCGAACGGGAUUUCUUCAGUUUCCAUAUUUCUGUAUGGACCUUUGGGUCUGCCUCUGAUACUGUCAAGUCGGGAGCAGCCAAUUACUACUGUGUUCAAAGAUACCUCUUAUUUCAUUGACUGGAAAAAGUACCACUUGCAUAUGGUGCCCAAUUUGGAUCUCAAUUUGGAUAGAGAUUUGGUGCUUCCAGAUGUGAGUUACGUGGUGGAAUCCAACGAGGGGGCUCAGUCUCAGAAUAUGGACACUCAAGGACACACACUGCUGCUUUUUCUCUUUGUGGAUUUCCACAAUGGGUUUCCUGUCCAGCAAAUGGAAAUCUGGGGAGUCCAGACUUUGCUCACUGCUCAUCUCACUGCCAUCCUCAUGGAGAGCCACAGUGUAGUACAAGAUUCCAUCCAGCUCACUGUGGACCAGGUCUUGGAGCAGCAUCACCAGGCUGCCAAGGCUCAUCAGAAACUGCAGGCCUCACUCGCGGUGGCUGUGAAUUCCAUCAUGAGUGUUGUGACUGGAAGCACCUGCGGCAGUUUCCGAACGAUGUGUCUCCAGGCCCUUCAGGCAGCUGACACACAGGAGUUUGGGACCAAACUGUACAAAGUAUUUCAUGAGGUCACCCAGCACCGAUUUCUUCACCACUGUUCAUGUGAGGUGAAGCAGCUGACCUCAGAGAAAAAGGAUUCAGCUCAGAGCACUGAGGAUGCACAGGACAACACCAACCCGGCGCUCCUUGCAGAGACCAGCGGGCCAGCGGAAACCAAGAGGCUCACGAGCGGCCGCCUCCGCCAGGGCGAGAAGACGCGAGCUCUCCGCCCUGCCAGGGCCCCGAGUCCGUCGGAGGCCGCCCCGCGCCGCCCGGAGCCCACUGCGGCUUCCCUCACCCCUAGCGGAGGGGAGGCCCGCGCGACCCACGCCAGGGCCCCGGCGCCAGGCGCGAGUCCCGGGAGAGGCCUGGAGGACGCGCUGUGGCUGCAGGAGGUCUCCAACCUGUCCGAGUGGCUGAGUCCCGGCCCUGGGUCCUGAGCCGGUCCCCUCCCGCGAGUCCCGCCAGUCCCGCCGCCGCUGUAGCGAGUCCUUCAAUA